UCUUUGAUGCAUCCUGUGGUGAGAGGCGUUGAUCCUCUUUUUGGGGUUCUUGAUAAGCAUGCAACGCUGUGAGGCAUUGAGGAAGGAAAGUAGCAUAUGAAAGCAUAUAUGCAUAUGUAUUCUGUGUAUCUAGACUACCCCAACCUGCUGCUACCAUCAAACAAACUUACAAUGCCCUCCAUCGGUCUUUCCUUCUUUUUUCUGGGUGCGGUUGUUGUUUCUGUCACAGCAAUUGAAACAUCAACAGGGAACGGGUUUACCAGAGCUUCCAGUACUGUCAAUCUUUCCCCCAGUGUAACACCCCUCAGCGUCACCACAGCCUCCAGCACCAACAAUGGCAAUGCCAAUGAUACCAUGAACAGCACCAUGGGCAGCAGCACCAUCUUACCCUUCACAACAAUGCAGCAAGGUGGGGCGAGCUCUACAAUCACCACUACCAAAUCUAAUAAGCUAUCCAAAAGCACAACAACCACCAAAACAAUUAAGAACAAAAGAACCACACUUAAGCCAACAAAGUCGACAGCAGUCGACAACACCGGCAUUGUCGUCGUUGUUGUGAUCAUCCUCGUAGCCCUUGGAUUUGGAGUUGCCUGCUUCUUCAUACGAAAAAGAGGAAGGCGUGCCUCGGUCGACUUCACCUCCAGACAGGAUGAAGCCAACAUCCCUCUCAGCACUGUGGAGCCCGAGUUGCCGAUUGAUGCUGUACCUCAGAACGGACUGCAAACCUUUGAAAGUACAGAAAAAGAGCCGCAAGAACCGGAGGCCAAACCUGAAAUACAGGAGGAGCCGAAAGCUGAGGCUGAUACAUCUGUUGUUGAGUCUGCUGUUCCGACGCCAACCCCGGACAGCUCUGAGGACAAGCCCAAAGAGGACGUCGUCGAGCAGAGUCCCCCCGCACCUGUGGAGGAGAAAACUGAUGACGAAGGCGUCGUCUCCAACGAGACCUCUGUCGAGUCGCUGAAGGAGGCGAAUGAGAACAACAGCAACAAUGUUGACUUCAGUCAGACAAGAGACAUGAAGAGGAUCAUCAACUUCUGGGACGUUCCUCUCAAUUGCCCAGUGUGAGACAUUUUGGCGAUCUGCUCCUGUGCCGUUCUUCAGGAACUUGGUCGACCAUUACACCUGGGCAACUCUUCAGGAAGGAGGGACUGUCGGAAAACGCAGACUGAAGAAAAACAGCUGGUGGAGGCUGGUUCUUCCCCUUCCUCUCAUGACUUCUUACCAUCUAGCUUUGGGCAAGAAUUCGAAAAACUUUUAAUUGCAAAGUUGUGAAGAUAACUAUUAGACUUACAUCAUUAAAGGACUGUAGCCUACAUCCUGUUGUACUGUACAUGCAGUUUUGAGGCAGACAAUUGUGUGUGUCACUUUUUUCAUAUGAAGAUGUUGGCAAUGUUCAUGUUCUGACAUGAACUUAAAGGAUUUUACAGUUGGCUACAGUAUGGAUGGAGAAAUGUUGUUGGUACAGGGAUUACAAAAAAAUUAUAAUUCUGUGUGAGUGUGCAACUAUAUAUUUGUUCUUACAUACAAGGUAAUAUAAAACUAUGCACUUGCAGUUUAAAGCAACACAGCACUUCAUGUUGUGUUAGUGUUGAAAGCAUAAUAAUGUUAUUCAGCAUUAGGAGAAAAGGAUUGGUAAGACCACCGUGGGCGUAGUUUUCUUCAGCAUACUUAUUGUGUAAAUGUGAAGUAAAUAAGAGCUGGUAAGUUAUAUCCAAGAGGAAUGCUCAAUAAUUUGAUAAUCACUAGUUUCAUGAAUAAAAGCAUCACCUCAUA